AUGAGUCUCGGAGGACCAGGUCUUAACGGAAUCACAGUAAACACCAAAUUCAUCUUUGGAGUUAAUGGUGACAUUAAAAAUAACAUCUUUUUGCUGGAGGAUCAUAGAAUCCUCUAUAGUGCAGGACAUAAUAUCGUUCUAUAUAACACUGAGGACAAGUCUCAAUAUUUCUUACCAGGUAAAUUUGAAUUUUUGCUAAUUUUCAUAGCUAUGGAGCUUACUGAGGGAAUCACAUGCAUUAAUGUCUCGGCCAGUAAGAAGUUCCUGGUCAUUUGUGAGAAAUCUGCCAGAGCUGUUUGGACAGUCUAUGAAAUUUAAAACCAAAAGGUUAGGAGAUCCCUACUUAAGGGAGAUCAAGAAAGUCACAGCAGUUACUAAUCUAAAGAAUUCGUAUCUUGCGCUUUCUCCCCUAAGAAUGAAAAACACUAUUUAAUAACGUUGACUGGCGAACCAGAUUGGCUAUUGUGUCUUUGGAAAUGGGACUCCUCAAAAAUUAGUGCCUUGAUCAAUAUUGGUCUUCAAGGUCCCUAGCCCUCUCCAUCUCUAUUCAAAUGUUCUUUCAAUCCAUUCGACAAUAAUGCUGUGGUGGUAACAGGAGCGAAUGUGUACAAGUACUAUAAGAUCAAAGAUCUAAAUGAGUUUAUCGCUGAUCACACUCAGCUUAACAACAAAGAUAGACAAAUUUCUACCUAAUACAGUUGCCAUGCCUGGAUGCAAUAUGAUACUGGAAGGCUUAUAGUUUGCACUGAGAAUGGAGAAAUUAUGCUUUGCGAGACUAGUGGAGAAUUUAUGGCUUAUAUCCACGACUCACCAGGGGAGAACUGCAAGAUCUAAACUAUAGUUCCAUUCACAAGAGGCUUCAUAAUUGGCUGUGAAAAUGGAGUCAUUCUCGCUUAUGAAAGGUAGGAGGACCCAAGAUAUCCAUACAAAAAAAUCAAGAAUAUGGAUGCCAAGCUUGACCCAUCACAGUCAUUCUAGCUUACUCAGUUCCCAAUUACUUCAAUGACAUUAACAUCUACUGAAGAUCUUAUUUACUUCAUUACUGAGAACAGACAACUUCUCAAAGUAAAUAUAGCCCUUGAUGGAACUGAUGAUAUUCCAAAAUAUGACUAUGUCAUAUGCAAUUUUCACUCUGACGUGGUAACAGGUCUUGACUUAUGCAUCAGAAAGACCUUGAUUGUUACAUGCAGCAAGGACAAAACUGUUAGAAUUUGGAAUUAUGCUACAAGAAGUUUAGAGAUAGUCCACUAAGUACCAGAACAAGCUCUAUCAGUAGCUUUUCACCCAAGUGGAUUCCAUAUAAUCAUAGGUUUGGACGAUAAAAUUUUGAUGAUGAAUGUCCUAUCAAAGUCUUUGAAUCAAAUUAAGCAAGUUCAAAUUAAAUCUUGCAGAGAGAUCAGAUUCAGUAAUGGUGGACAUCUAUUUGCAGCUGCAUUCUUGACUAAUGCUGUUCAUGUUUACAAUUUCUACACUGGAGAAUGCCCAUCUUAUUACUAAUGCAAAGGUCAUGUCAACAAAGUUAGAAGUAUAGAUUGGUUCGAAGAUGAUAUGGGCUUUACAUCUUGUGGAAUGGAUGGUAAUGUCUACUUCUAUGACUUGAUCAUUCAAAAAGAGAACUAACAAAGACUCAGUGACAAAGACUUCAAUUAAAAGAGUGUCUAAAUGUCUUGCGUUGUUAACAUUCCAGGAAAGCCAUAUGAGGUAUAUUGUGUGGGUAAUGACAAGAAAGUUUGGCACUCCAAAGAUCCAAAAACAGGAUUUGAUGCUCAAGUGGUAAUCUCCCAAAUCUGUUUAACAGGUAACAUGAGAGCUCUGUUUGCCGGAGUUGGUGAUGAUACUCGACCGGGUGCUGUGCAUAUUUACAGUCUUCCACUUAAUAAGAUAAAUGAGGUGCAAGCUCAUAGCAAACCAAUUGAAAGAAUGAAAUUGAGCUUUGAUAACAACUAUCUUUUUACUGGUGGUCAAGAUGGUCUCCUAGUUAUUCAUGACAUCAAGGAUAGAGAUCCCAGAGGAGGAGCUAAAAGAGAAAGAGAUGGUCUAGGGUUGCCAUUUUCAGAUGAGAUCUUGACAGAGAAGACUGAAAUAGAUAACUUUUUAACUGAAAAGGAGGGUCUCGAAAAUGACUUUAAUAAUGCCAACUAGCCAGACAGUGUUGAAAAGAUUAUGAAAGUCAAGCGUUUAGAGGACACUAUCUUAAAGUUGUAAGAAGAGCUUUCUAACUCUCAGGUCCAAGCAAAGAACAGAUAUGACUCCUUGAAUGAAAACAAAAGAGAGAUGGAAAAUGCCUUUGAAGAGAAAAUCAAAUAACUUGCCGAGUAGUUCCAGAUUGAACUUGAGGAAAAGAGAAAUGAAUACUCACAAAAAAUGCUUGAGGAUGCUGCAAAAUUCCAAGAAUUGCAAGCUUAAAAAGAGGAAGAUGCUCGUAAAUUUGAAGAGACAAUUAAUGACAUUAUUAAUAAGCACAACAAGAAUGUUGCCACCAUUAUGGAGUAACACAGAACAUUGAUGGAAGGCCAGAUUGCAUAAACUGAACAACUUAGAAGAGAAAUUGAAAGAAUGCAAGAAGACAACAGAGAAAUCAUCAAGCAAAUUAUGGAUGAUGCAGAUUACGAAAUCACAGACAUCAACAACAAGAAUACCUAAAAUUAGACUUAAGUUCAAGAUAUGAGUCUCAAAUCAAAAGCUGAACUUUAAUUGACUAGGAAUAAGCACAUGGACUUAGAGUCAGAUAUUGAAAAGCUAAAAAGAGACAUUUAAGAUAAGGAAACUUAACUUGGUAAUCAAACCCAGACACUAACAAAACUUAGAGCGGAAAUCUAGACUCAAGCUACUGAAAUCAGAGAGAAAGAUACAGCUAUCGGUGAGAGAGAAAAGAAAAUCUAUCAACUUAAAAAGAAAACCUAAGAAUUAGAGAAAUUCAAAUUCGUACUGGAUUACAAGAUCAAGGAACUGAAGAGAGAUAUUGCACCAAGAGAAAUGGAGAUCACAAGACUUAAGAAAGAAACUAAUGAAAUGGAUAAGAAUCUAAAGCACUACAAUAAGAUCAAUGCUAAUCUAGGUUACAUUGUCGAUGAUCUCAGAACCAGAUAAGAGCAUAUGUAGGAACUGAUCAAGAAGAAUCGUAGCAAGAUAAGAUCAAAUGACAUCUACAUUAAGGGCUUUAAAAAUGCUGUCUACAGGGUGGUCUAAUUUAUAGACGAUUUUGAAUAGCUAAAACGUGCAGUGAACGAAAAUCUUUACCCAUAUGUUAAAGACUAAGAGAUUAAAAAUGUUGAGAUCGACCCAGAUAUUAAAAAAGAAUAUGAAAAUCAAAAGAGAUAUUUGGAAAAUUCUGUCAACAGUUUGAAGAAGAGACUUGAAAAGGAAACUCAAAUCCAUAAAGAGGACAAUAACAAUAUCAUGAAAGAAAACAUGGAAUUGAUCAAUCAGAUAUCAGAGCUGAGAAAAGAAGUUAAGACUUUAAACAGUAAACUCAGAAAUCAGGAUUCAAAACUUUUGAACUCCGGAUCAGAGUCUAAACUUGAAGAUCCGAACUAGCAAAAUCACAUGAACAACUUGAACCAAUCUCGUGACAGCUUUGAAGAAACUGGACUCCAAACUAAGGAACUUCACAUCAAGAGAUAGUAUAUCGAGGAAUUGAGGAGAAAACUUAACGCCUUGGUAGAUGAGAAUAGAUAUCUUAAGGGAGAUAUUGGAAACAACUAAAAUGCUAAUGAAGGACUUGAAGAAUGA